AUGGAGCGCCCGCCGGGCCAACUCCAGCCCGACCCGUCGCCGCAGGCCAAGCUGCCGGGACGCCUGCUGGUCUCCUUCCAGUACCUGCACGUGCAGCUGGCCGGCGGCGCGCCCUGGGGCUUCACCCUGCGGGGCGGGCUGGAGCACGGCGAGCCCCUCGUCGUCUCCAAGGUGGAAGAUGGGGGGAAGGCGGCCCUCUCACAGAAGAUGCGCUUGGGCGAUGAGCUGGUGAACAUCAACGGCACUCCGCUCUACGGCUCCCGGCAGGAAGCGCUCAUCCUGAUCAAGGGCUCCUACCGCACGCUCAAGAUGAUCAUCCGGAGGAGGAACGUGCCCUUCAUCAGGCCCCACUCAUGGCAUCUGGCGAAGCUCUCCAAAGUCCAGACUGAGGGCACCAUGGCUUUUCCUGCUGACCCCCUGAGUCUCUCCUGGCACUUGGACUGCGAGACAAGUGACCUGCCUUUGCCGUGGAACCCUCUCUCUCCCCACUGCACCACAGAAAAGAACAGCUCCCUCGGGAGCAUGGAAAGUCUGGACCCGGCCAGCCAGACCUACUAUGAGGGCAGCCUGUCCCCCAUUGACCAGGCUAUGUACCAAAGCAAGCGGGACUCUGCCUACAGCUCCUUCUCGGCCAGUUCCAGCACUUCUGACUCUGCGCUGCGACCUGAGGAGGCCGGCUCCGUGGAUGGCACCCAGCCCGGUCAGCUGCCAGAGCCUCGCUACCUGCAGACGGGGGGUGAGCCGGCAGGCCUGCCCUCCCCAGCUUCUGGUGUCCGGUUGCCCUCCAGCGUCCAGUCAGGCUCUCUUCCCAGCCCUGCCAAAGCGGCUGCCGUCCCUCCCCAGCCGCCUGUGAGACAGGACAGUCUGCGUGCGUGUAAUUCCCCGCUGGAAGACCCAAGAGCCCCCAGCCACACAGGUUCUUUGUGUCCCGAGGAUCGGUGGAGCUCGGACACUGCCCUCUGCACACCUGGCAGAGAUCCCCAUGGGCAGUUGGCCACCACAGGCCCCCUGAAGGACUCUCCAGUCACUGACCAGUACUACCUGCUGAGCUCACACACAGAAUCGCACUCCGGGAUGAUGAAGAAGGGCCCACAAACCACCCCCUCCUCUUUGGCUGAGAGCCCCAGCUGCCCUGUAGGAGACCCCCCUGAAGAGAAGGAGCACACAGGGGAGGCCAACAACCAUGCAGAGCCCCCUUCUUCCUGGAAGGCUGGCUGGGCCGGGUCCUUCCGCCAUCGCCACAGCAUCCCAGAACACUUGCUGGUUGCCCAGUUGCAGGCCUUGGAUGUCUCCCGUGGCCAGGAGGGUCCCCACUGGACAGUGUCCCCGCUGCACAAGGAGCAGAAGAGCAUGCAGGCUCCAGAGCCAUGGCUAAAUCCAGACCAGUGUGGCCAGAACCCCUGGGCGCCAGCAGAAGAGCCGGAUUGCCCCCCAACUGCAGGGGAGGGGUCACCUUCCCCACGGGGCACUUGCACGGCCCUCGUGGCUCUGACUCAUUCCUCGCCACUGCCGGCAUUGGGCAAUGCCAGCACCCCUCGGCCAGGCUUCCAGGCAGCCCCCCACAUUGAUGGUUUGCCAGACGCUCAAAGGAGCCUCCCAGCUGCCCAGAAGGCCCAGCAUCGCUCUGCGCAAAUCCGCCGGCGCAGUGACCGCUUCGCCACCAACCUGCGGAAUGAGAUCCAGUGGCGCAAAGCCCAACUGCAGAAGGCCAAAGGUCCCGGGGGGCUAGGGUGCGAAGAGGAGACCCCCCCAGAGGCAGAAGAGCCCCCCACCCAUACCGCGACUCCUGCCUCGCCUCCUCCCUUAGGGGAGGGCAGACUCCGUGGCUCCUCUGGGCUGCCAGCUGUGUCCCCCAAGCGGUGGGGCCCUGAGCUAAGUGUGUUUGGGGAGGAGAGAGCCCCAUGCAGCCCCCAGAGGCUGUCUGGGGACCUGGUGCCCAAGGAGAAGCCUCUGCCACUGACCUGUGCGGGAGGAGGGGGAGGCGGCCGCUGGCGGUGGUCCCCUCAGCACAAGCUCCAGCCUCAGGAAUCAGAGCCAGGGCCCUCCUCACAGCCACCUUCGGAGGAACCCGGCCUGUGGCCUUUUGCUGACCGGCAAAAGUUCUUUGAGGAGACGAGCCGCCCGUUGUCCGCCAGGCCCUACAGUUCCCUUCAGGGCAGGCUUGACGACACACGGACCCCCGAGACAGAGAAGCCAGGAAGCACUGAGCACGGGGACUUCCAGUGCCACUCUCUUGAUCAGUCCUACCGGUGCCCAUCUUCGCCCCCCAACUACCAGGACUUCCAGCCAGAGAUUCUGGGGCCAUGCAAGUCCCUGGCUCGAUCCGGUAUGGACGCUGAGCGUUGGUGGGCUAUUCCUUGCUCAUGCGCUAUCCGAGAGUCCUGCGCCUACAGCUUUCGGGAUGAGUGCGCCAUGCUGCAUUCAAAGAACGAAUUCCCUCUGGACGAGUGGGAGCCCUCAGCUGUGAACAGAGCAAGCAGCCACACUCUGAGGGCCUAUUCGGAGAGCCACCUCUGCGCUGAGCCUGCUGGUGUCUCUGCGAGGGAGUGGCAAGAAGCCCUGUUGGCCAAGGCGGAGGAGACAUCACCAAAGUCACCACCAUGCCAAGCCAGAAGAAGGGGGCCCCCGCCUCCACGGCCCCCCCCACCCAACUGGGAGAAGUACCGCCCAGCCCGGGCUUCACACCAGCAGCUUCUCCCUACCCAAGCCUGCCUGCCCGUGCAUGCGCGGGACUCCUGGGCCCCGGGCCAGCCUGGCUUUGAAGCAGCCAGGCAGCGUUCUCAGAGCCUCCCUGCGGAGCAGCUGUGGCACCACAGGCCGCAACGGCAGUGCCCGCGGCUGCCCUGUGCAGGACCUGAUAGCACCCCUUCCACCCCGAAGCAAGACAACUCCCACUACUACUGCCAUGGGUCGCCAUCCCGGAGCCUGGAGUGGCUGAUGACCGAGGCGAGUGACUGGAGUGCUCCAUCCAGGGCAGAGAAAAGUGCAAAGGCCCCCUGUAGAAAUCAGUUACCCUCCAGCUCUGCCUUCGAAGGGCACAGCCUGGCCGACGCCGCAGGAGAGAGUCACAAAUCAGGGCCUCCUCCCUUGCGCCUGAGUUCGGAGGAACUGAUGAGAGAUGUGGCGGGCAAGGACCGCUCCCUGGCUGGAGUGCUGAGCUCCGGUUUCGGACUCCGGCAGCAGAAUUCUCCUGAGUCCGGGGGAGCCCCCCCCUCCUGCUUGACUUACCUCAAUCUGUCAGCGGGCACGGCCGAGCUGCUGAACAAAACGAAGGAGCCGUCCGAGUUGGCUGCAGCCUCUUCAGAAGAGGACCUGGCUCAGAAGAAGGUGCAGCUGAUCGAGAGCAUUGGACGGAAGCUGGUGGUGCUGCAGGAGGCCCAGCAGAGCCUGCAGGAUGACCUGAGUGCCAAUGCAGCCCUUGGCAGAGAGGUAGAGAAUUACAUCAAGGGGGCCUGCAAGCCCCAUGAAUUUGAGAAGUUCCGCCUCGCCAUAGGCGACCUGGACAAGGUGGUCAACCUGCUGCUUUCGCUGUCUGGAAGGCUGGCCCGAGUGGAGAACACCCUCAUUGGCCUGAAUGCAGAGGAGGAAGAGGAGGAGAUGGCCCUCCUGGCGAAGAAGCGACAGCUGACAGCACAGCUGGAGGAUGCCAAGGAGCUGCAGGAGCAUGUGGCUCAGCGGGAGCAGCUCGUCUUUGCCAGCGUCUCACGCUGCUUGCCCCCCGAGCAGUUGCAAGACUAUCAGCACUUUGUGCGCAUGAAGUCUGCCUUGGCGAUCCAGCAGCGGCAGCUGGACGAUAAGAUCAAGCUGGGUGAGGAGCAGCUGCAUUGUCUCUGGGAGAGCCUGCCUCUGAGGCCCAGGAAGCACUAG